CUCAGAGCUGAGAUGGAAAUGCAUCGUCACAUACAGCAUGCUUCCUGCUUAUCGGAAGUUCGGAAGUGCACCACAAACGCUCGGUGACAGGAGUCGAAACCAGCGAGCCCUAGGGCGUCCCGGGGCCGUCGCGCCAGUCGUGCACGUGUUAUCUGCUGUCGUCAUGGAACGCUGAUCGACGCGUUCCACCUGCCCCAAACCCUGAUUCCACGUUUACUCGUUGCGUUCUGACGUGAGCUGGCGAUGACGCAUGGCGUGGGCGUGGGAUAGUGCCCUAGGCCGAUAUCCGAUAUCCGAGCGACGGGCGGGGCGACGGGCGACGGGCGACGGGCGGCGGACGAGGCGACGAGGCUGCGUGUCCUGCUGAGCUCGCCCCAUUGCAUCACAGACAACGCCUCCGCGCUCCUUCCCACUCCCUCCUCUCCCCAAUCUUCUCCCUCCUCUCUCCCUCCCAUUCUCAUCCCCACAUGUCCCUCUUCGCCGGCCCAUACGCAUCGGCGCACCGCCUGCCGCCGAACCCCCCGCCGCCGGCGCUCCUCCCCCUCCUCCUGCCCGCCGUGGGCGCCUGCGCGCUCUUCGCGGCGCGCCGCACGCCCCCAACUCUAGCACUAGCAGCAUGCGCGACGGCGUUCCUCGCCGUGCGCCUCGUGGGCGCGGUCGGCGCCGCGACGUUCCUCGGCUUGCUGGUACUCGGCCGGCUCGGGAGCGUGGGCGCGGCGCCGGGCGUGGCAUCGCUGGGACGCGACUGGAAGGGAUGGAGGGACAACUGGAAAGGAUACGGCGCGUGGGCGGCGUGGCGCGCCGCGUCGACCGGGAUCGCGGCCGCCGCGCUCAUCUACGAUACGGUCGCGCUGUUCGCGUGCGUCGCGAGCGAAGUCACGCGGCGGCCGGGCGCGUUCGCCGCCGCCCAGGACAUGGGGUGGGGGUGGGCCGUCGGCCUCGCGGCGGCGGGGAGUGUGCUGGGCGUCGCUGCGUUGUGGUGGCUUGUGGGGCUUGCGGAGGCGGUUGUGACCUGUAAGAGGGGGGAGGAGCUGGGUGCGUGCGUAAUUGAACGGGCUGAUGCCAGUGCUCCCGCGAUGAGUGGUGCUUCAUCCGAGGAUACGCUGUAGUUGCUACAGUUGCUAUGAGAGAAAGAUAUGUACCGAUACGUUGCGAAACUCGACGGUUUUGAUAGUGUGCAUGUUCACAUGUGCUGAAACCGCCGGAUACGUGGACAUGUGCUGCGUUAAGGUCCACUGCCGCGCCUGCAGAUUGGGGGCCUUGCCGCACCAAACGCCCAACGCGAGCGCUCAAUGGGAGGUUAUGGGACAGGACGGGUUUUAGUCCUGCCGCCGUGAUCUGCGAGUCCACGCUGACCCCCCCUCCCCUCACACAUGCUUUUUUACAGUAC